AAUGUUUGUUUUGAUCACAUGUUUGUCCAUUCAUUGAACAGAUAAUCACGUGAACUGCGGCCAGACAUGUCUUCAGCGAUGCUGUGUCUGAGACACGGACUGAGCAGCACUUGGCUCAGGAAAUACCUGUCGAUGGGAUGCGUGUCGUGGCAGAGGUGUCUGUCAUCGGGACCCCCACUGCCGGGUGGACCCAAACUCUACAAACGAGAUAAGCCGCACAUGAAUAUCGGAACCAUUGGACACGUGGAUCACGGGAAGACCACUUUGACGUCGGCCAUCACCAAAGUGUUGGCCGAGAAGAAGUUGGCCAAAGUCAAGGAGUACGACGAGAUCGACAACGCGCCCGAAGAGCGCAAGAGAGGCAUUACCAUCAAUACAGCGCACGUGGAGUACCAGACGGAGGACCGGCACUACGCUCAUAUGGACUGUCCCGGACACGCCGACUACAUCAAGAACAUGAUCACCGGCGCCAACCAAAUGGAAGCGGCUAUUCUUGUGGUGGCGGCCACUGAUGGCGCUAUGCCUCAGACCAGAGAGCACUUGACUUUAGCCAAACAGAUAGGAAUCGACGACAUUGUUGUUUAUGUGAAUAAAGUGGACGCCGCGGACAAGGAGAUGACCGAAUUGGUGGAAAUGGAGUUAAGGGAACUGUUGUCGGAGAUUGGCUACAACGGCGAUGACGUGCCCUUCAUCUUUGGGUCUGCGUUGGCAGCCAUGGAGGGAAAGCUUCCGGAGUUAGGUCGCGAUUCUAUCAUCAAAUUGUUGGAAACGAUCGAUAAAUACUUCAAACUUCCCGUUCGAGACAUCGAUAAACCAUUUCUAAUGCCAAUCGAACACAUCUAUGGAAUCCAAGGCCGAGGAACUGUAGUCACCGGGCGUUUAGAUAGGGGUCGACUCAAAAAAGGCGCUGAAUGUGAAGUAUUGGGAUACGGGAGGUCUCACAAGACGGUGAUUACCGGUAUUGAGAUGUUUAAGAAGACAUUGGAUGAGGCGGUGGCCGGCGAUAACUUAGGGGCACUUCUCAGGGGUCUUAAGAGAGAUCAGGUGAGGCGUGGAAUGGCUUUAGGAAAACCCGGAACAUUCAAACCCUGCGAUCAAAUCGAGACUCAGAUUUAUAUGCUGAAGAAAGAAGAGGGCGGUUCCCCCCGACCCUUCCUCAACACCCAGAGAGCAGUCAUUUACUGCAAGACAUGGGACUGUGUGGGCGAACUCGUGGCUAAAGGCAAGGAUAUGAUGCUUCCCGGAGAGGACUCGUCAGUCAGUGUUAAGAUGCUGAGACCAAUGAUCAUGGAACAGGGCGAUCGGUUCACUAUCAGGGAUCGCAGUAAUACUAUCGCCACAGGAGUGGUGACCAAAGUAUUGCCUGAUAUGACACCCGAAGAGAAGGUUAAGUUCGAAAAGGGAAAGACACGCAAAGAGAAGGACGAAAUGGAGAAGAGAUUAGCUGAGAUCGAGGAGGCCUUCAAAGAUCAGGCAUAACUCGUAACCAAAAACUCCAUACCUUUCCAACAAUUGGAAC